UCUUGUAUGUGUAUAUAUCUAUUUAACACCAUUAAUCUUCAUAUUUAAAUUUUAUUCUUUUUACUAUCCAUGUCCAUUUAGAUUCUUGAUAAGUAGGAAUUUUCUAAUAGACUCAACAUCCAAGUCUACAUCCAUAAAGGUUUCUUUUUCCCCUUUAUCAAAACAAAGCAGCAGCUUCUUUUCUUUACCUUUUCACCUCAAACUUCCAAGUUUGUUAUUCUAUUCUUAUCGUGAAUUUUGUUGCAUUUUUUCCAUCUUGUAUAAAUUGGUAAUCCCUUUCAUUUUUGGUAUUCGAAGAAAUUCAACAUGUUAGAUGCAUGGCUGAAAAGCAAAUUUUACGCCAAAAGCAAGUCGACAAUACGGCACACGAAGAUACGAAUCGAGAUGGUGAAAAGGAAGAGGAAUGCAAUGUUGAAGUAUUUGAAGAAUGAUAUAGGGGACCUUCUUAAAACUGGAUUGGAUGUAAACGCCUAUAGCAGGGCUGAAGGCUUUCUGGUUGAGCUGAAUCUCUCUAAUUGCUAUGAUUUGUUGGAGCAGUAUUGCGACCACAUCACAAAUAAUCUCUCUGUGAUGUAUAAACAGAGGGAAUGCCCUGAGGAGUGCAGAGAAGCCGUGGCAUCUUUGAUCUUUGCAGCAGCAAGAUUUGCGGAUGUGCCAGAAUUACGCGAAAUAAGAAGUUUAUUUACUGAGAGAUAUGGAAAUUUCCUGGAAUGUUACGUCAGUAAAGAGUUUCUCCAGCACUUAAAGUCAGAGCCACCGACAAAGGAGAUGAAGCUUCAGUUGAUGAAAGAUAUAACAUCAGAAUCUGGUAUAGAAUGGAAUUCAAAGGCUCUGGAGCAGAAGCUAUUCAAUCCACUAAUGCCAGAACAAGACUGGAGUCGGAAUGAUCAGAAGCACAAUCUGCGCGGUAAGAUGGAAGAAUCACCUUGGAGGAAAGAUUCUGAAGUUGCUAAGUUUAAUCGUGAGAACGCGAGGCAACCUACCACGGAUAAAUUGGAGUGUAAUUCAUACUGUGGCAGAAAGGUAGUCCCUGAUGAUGAACAUGGUUCACCAAUGAAAGGUACGGAGAGAAGUUACAGAAGGAGAAGAGAUAGCGUUAGCAGAAAAUCUCACGAUUCUCCUCCAGUCAAAGAUAGUGAAGAUAGCACAGACAUCGAAAGGCAAAAAAAUAAACCAGAAAUUGAGAUAGUUCCUGAAGGAGAAUCUGAUGACAAGAAGCCAUUCGGUUAUAGGUCAAGUCUCCCUCCUUAUGUCAAAUCAAGAGCGAGCUUAACAAGAAACACUUCAGAUACCGCCUCUCCUACUAGUAGUUCCACGGAAGAAGAAAAAGCCAAGAACAAACCAAUGUCAGCCAGAACUAGGCGUGCCACAAAAAUCACAAUCAGUGAUGAUAAGGAACCUCCAGAUGAAGAGGAAAAACUGAUGGACAGGAUAUUGAUGUACUUAAGCAGGAAAAAUUUCCAAAGCUCGGUUAACACACCUAAAGAAGCUGCAGUUGACAGUUCCAGUCAAGUGUCAAGGCGUAGAAGUAUGGGGAACAGGGCGCUAUCCCUUCCAGCAGAUCGGGAACAAACAAGUCCAAGGGGGCUAAACAGAGGGCAUGUUCGCGCAAAUUCAUUUCAACCUGAUAUGUUGGGCCCAAAUAAACAUGUCCAUCCUAAGCUACCAGACUACGAUGACUUUGUGGCUCGACUAGCGUCUCUCAGAGAACAAUCAAGACAAUAGAUAAUUAAUUAGAUGAACUCAUAUUCCCUUUAUAUUACAUCUCGUAGUUCAUUUGUGGUCUUCGUUUACAUGUUCGGCUUGUUGUCUGUAAGCAGUAUUAAAAUAGCCCAUCUCAUGCUAUUGUAAAUAAACUAGCUAAAUAAAGUUUUAUGUAUACUGUCCUUUUAUAGCA